ACGUCAUGGCCUAUCUACGUGUAUCAAAGGUUUCGAGGGUUCGCCGUACGUCGUUGAAGCUGAACUUCAAAGCCAAAAACGAUCAAAGUGACAAUUGUUGAAGCGACGUUCGCACUACAAUUCCCGUGAUGCUCCGCGGGGUGCGCCAGCGUCGGUGAACAUGUCAGUGCAGCACGUAUUUACUGAAUGACAGAGGAGAGAGGAAGGUUUUGUGGCCAUAACAAAACCAUGCUGGAGCCUCUUUUAUCUGCUGGACUUUUGAUGUCAUUGAUUGGUUCUUUUCAAUAAGCAAUGGCGCUGCUGUUACCAUAGGAACUCGGGCCUAAAGCAAUACUGGGAACAAAAUGCAGAGGAUCCUCUUCCAUGGAGCCCCUCAGCAGGCAGCUGUGGCCCUGCGGUGUGCUCUCUCAGUCACAACCCUCAGCUACGUGGCCCCCAAGCCCUCCAAGCUGUCAGGCACAUGCAGCUGGACUCCCAGCCCACGUUGGCUGAGGACAUCCGCAGCAACCAAGACAGCAAAACGGAGCAAACGUGGCAUAGACGAGGAGCAACAGACAGCUGGUAACCCUGGGCAGGACCAUGGAGCACAGGGUGCGAGCCCUGGGGCAAGUCCAGCCAAUUCCACAAACGGGGACCCCCUCCAGGACAAGUCCAUAGGCCUCACCCAGCGGUUCAAGAAGACUUUUAAGCAGUAUGGCAAAGUGAUGAUACCUGUGCACCUGUUAACAUCAACUAUAUGGUUUGGUGCAUUUUACUACACUGCCAUGAAGGGGGUGAAUGUUGUCCCGUUUCUAGAGUACGUUGGCUUCCCAGAGAAACUUGUGAGCCUUAUGGAAAAGUCCCAGAGUGGCUAUGCGAUUACUGCUUAUGCAAUGUUUAAGAUGGCCACUCCAGCCAGGUAUACCGUGACGCUGGCUGGGACAUCGCUGUCUGUGAAGUACCUCCGCAGGCACGGCUACAUGUCCACUCCACCACCUGUCAAAGAGUACCUUCAGGACAAGAUGGAGGAGACGAGGGAGCGGCUCUCUGAAAAGAUGGGCGAGACGAAGGACAAGCUGUCCGAGAAGUUGCAGGAGACCAAAGACAAAGUGUCCUUCCGGAAGAAGACGGAGUAGAAGUGCAAGGUGCCAGAGUUGGAGUGCUCAAAGCUUCAGCUGCUCUCUUUCAACACUUUUAUGGUCCCGAUAGAAGCACCACUUGCUGUCCAGCUGUCCCGUAACUAAAGUAGUGAUGCAUCAGUCAGGUGAUCUUUGUGUUGUAGUCCUGUCGCUUGACUGAAGUUGAACUGAACUAUAGAGGUGUAACUGUCACAGUGAAGAUGAAUUGAAGGAAGUCUUGACUGCAUCUUACUUAUGUUUUAAAACUGUCCACAGAUGUGUGGCCUCUGUGGGGGAGACUGGACAAUACUGUAGUUACAGUGCAAUGACAUCAGAGAGCUUCACUGUCACCGAGAGUCACUCUGUCUCAUGCGGCACUUUGCACAAAACUCUGACCUUCACAUAUUAUGCUUCCACUAGACUUCACUUGUGGUGAAACCAUUGUAUUACUUAGAAUUAUUUACCCAUUUAUACAGCUUGGUGAUUUUACUGGAGCAAUUUA